GUGUUUAUGGCUGGCCGAUUUGUUGUUGCUAUGUACAAGGACUUUGAGUUUCCAAGGAAACUGGAAAAAAUGUCACAACUGAGCAGCAUUACGAUUGAUUUAAUUUACGUGGAACUCGGCAAUAACUUUCAUUAUUUGGCACUAAAAUUGGGUACUUUCAAAAUCAGCCAUUGCUACUAAAAUGUCAAAAAAUGCGACGCGAACGAGCAGCAAGAACGUCAAAACGGAAAUGCCCAGGAAGGUCACCAAAUCGCCGGCAACCACAAAAGAGUCCAAGGAGCGAAGGUCACUGGCCAACAGACAACCGGAUAGCUUGGAAGGCGAAAAAGUGGCCAAGAAAACCACAACAGCAGCGGCGCAACCUUCGACCAGCAAAAAGCCAUUGAGCACGGGGAAAAACAAGGAAACAAGGGAGCCCCUGAGCAAAAGGACCACUCCGUCCCCAGGAGCCUUGCGCGCCACCACCACCAGGCAAGCGGCAAGCACAAAACCACCCUCGCAGACCAAACCCAAAACCGAGUCUAAGUCCAAACCCAAUGCAGUUCUGGACACUUACCACAGUGUUACAGUGUCUUCACCGCCUCAAAAACGCAAAGGACAGGCAAAACCGGACACACCUGUUGCUGCAGCCAAAAAGGAGCAGAUAUCACCCACUCCUCCUCUAAAAGAAGCUGCCCCUGCUGCUCCUUCAAGAGCCAGAACAUUCACGCGCACCUUGGAGCCCGAGGAAGUGGUGGUGCUUAAGCGCGAAUCCGCCAAGCAACGCAGCGAAGUGGACAACCAGGAAUCACAGCCUGUAAAACAGCCAGUGACCUUUGAAGUCAAGUUCGAAGAAGCCAAAAAGCCAGACCCGGAAUCCGAUCACUACUCCGAUGACUUUGAGUCCUAUGAAUCGGAUUUUGAAACGGAUACCAGCACGUCGGGAAAGGAAGAAACAGAUGAAGAGCCAGGAGGAACAUCAUCCUCCGAGGCAGAAGUGGAAGAGGAAGAGGAACCGGACUCGGAGCCCACCCAGAAUCCCAUUACGGUUAUCCAUCGCGAUAAAGAUCAGGAGCGCAAGCUGGACUCUGGCCACUAUGACAUGCGGAUGAAAAUAAAUCCCCAGAAUCAAUACGAUAGUUUCGAUACCAACUCAAUGGCCAACUCAGAGCAACUGGACUCUGGGAUCAGCACCAACGAAGUGGAGAAGCAGCCCCGAAGUGGUAGUGGUGAAGCUAACGUCUACUAUGGCGGCUACUCCGGAUUCGUGUCCCAUCCCGUAGUUAGUCGACGCGGCGAGGAACUGAUGGCCAAGCUGCGCUUCGACCAGCUCAACUACCACCUCUUCGAGAUGAAGCCAUUGAGCUACGAGGGAUUCAUGCAGAGCUAUGGCAAGCUGAAUGCCUGCCAAAGGGCCACCCAGACGCAGCCGCCCCAAAUGGACGGCGAGUGCCAGACGCUGGAGGUGCACAGCCGGAGCAGCUGGACCCAGCAUCCACACCACUAUGGAGGUCAACUGGUGCUCAGUUGCAGCGGCGAUGCGGAGCUGGAGCAAACAUCGAAAUCUCAGUCGACAGAUGAGUACAAUGUGUAUGCAACGAGCCUUUCUCGCUUGGAGCAACUGCAUCGCAUGGAGCAGACUCGAUCCCAACAGCUUCAGCAAAAGAGAUUGGCCAAAACCACGGAUCUAGAACGUCUGAAUACGUUUCUGCACAAGGCCGGAAGACUAAUGGGCAGGGUUUUGGAGGGCAAUAAAAACUGGGGAAAAGCCAGCAAUCCCCGGAAUAUUCCUCUCCAGACUGGACUACUCAAUGCCCUCCCAGUUCGCCGAAUCUUUGGCAGUUCUGAAAAUGGUCAACUAGUGGUGACCGUCCACGAAUGUCCCCAGGAUGGCAACGUCUACAGCGAUGACUUUGCCAGCCUGCUAAUGGUGUGGUCGCUGGCCAAUCCCGGCCAGCCUCUGCGUCUGCUUUCCACCUGGGCCGAAGUCAGCCGGGUGGCCAUCUCUGGAGAGGCUCAGGACAUCGUGGUGGCCGGAUUGCGAGACGGCAGUGUGGCCAUGUGGGAUCUGCGCGAGACGCACAGCUACUGCUCCAAGUUGGAUGGCCAUCUGACCCACUUUGCAGCCACCCAGUCGGUGGUUCCCAUGCUGGAACUGCAGAAGGGUGUGAGUGGGAAUGUGAAUACCAUGGAUUUGGGCGCCGUGGUGGAUGUGCGCAGCUUUAGAUCGCCGCUUAAGGGUGGAGGAGGAAUUGCUGCAGCCGGAGGCUUGCAGACGCCCUACAAGGAAGUUCAGUACGCGUCGCUGAACGACUCUGGCCUGCUGACCAUGUGGACCCUGGUGGAAGGAGCCAUCACCAGCAAUAGCAACGAGUUCAGCUCCCCGUGGGCUCGAGUAAAGCUCUUGCAGAGCGCCAGCUGCGACCUGAGGAGCUAUCUGGAGCGACGUCUGCUCAAGAGCCACCAGAGUGCCUACGAGAAGACCAAGUCGUUGUUCCAGGGCAACAUCUACAGCGACGAUCUGCUAAGGGAGCUGAACGAGACGCAGACUUUGAGCAACGCUCUGCAGGAUCAGGGAUUGCAGGGACUGCGCUUCACCAGCAUCGAUACGGGCAGUGAUCUGAUCUACGUGUGCACCAACCGGAACUUUGUGCUCUGCUGCACUCGUAGCUUGAAGACGGAACGCUUCACGAGAAUCGCCGUGAACGAGAGUCGUUUUCUGUUUCCCACCUCGUUGUGUGUGCUGUCCAAUGAGCACUAUGUGGCCGUGGGUCUGUCCAAUGGGUCCGUAAUGAUCCUCAACUGCAAUCAGGGGAAGAGGCAACUUCAAAAGAGCCAUCAAAGACCCAAAACCGGUCAUCCACCAUCCGCCACCGAUGAGCCCGAUCCAGAGACGGGCAAAUCCUGCGCCAUUCAAAACAUUAUACUCAACGAGCGAAGAUCCUUUGACCAGCAGGUGGAUCCUAGUCCCAAUCCCACCUACGAAACCCGGCCCAAUACUGCUCUGGAGCUGAUCGAGCGACCCAGACGUUCCUACGAAAUGAGGGUAUUUGACCAGCAGCUGCUCCUCAGCGGCAGUGGACUGCGCCAGCAUCUCGUUCAGGCCCUGAUCCUCUCCAGCGAUGGAUGGCGACUAUCCGCCCUGACCAAUGGCACUGUGCGCACCUACGAUUUCCACCGGGACAGGGAGCAGCUGCCCAGUGAGCAGCCGGCGGAAAGUCGCAGUCUCCAGGCCACGGAUAUCGCAGGUGUCCAAAGUUCGGGACACGAACAGCAUCUGCUCAUCCUGGACUCGGCUGGAAAGGUGCAACUGCACCCACUUGACUACUAGCUUGUUACAUAUUUUAUAACUAUUUUGUAUUUCCGUUUGUUGAAUCCA